CAAUACUUUUAAAGUAUUAAAUACCCCAGUCUUUUAAAUCUACAUGUAUACAGACAUGAAAUGACUUCCUAUCAGUUUUGUAAACUGGAUUUUAUGAUGCACAUUAGGAUCUUUUAACAGUAUGUCCUUUAAAACCAAAUUCAGAAACGAAAGUGCACCUCAGAACUGCAACAGAAAGCUUACAAUUUUUAGCAAUUUUGCUACAUCAACAAAAAGAGAAAUUGCAAUGCAAUGAAUCCUUAAAUACCAGCUAAUAAAUAUGUUGUUUUACUCAUACAACAAUAAUAUAAAAUUAUGUCUGGAAUAAAAAUUAUCAUUGCAAUUAAAUUUGGAACAAACUACAGCACAAACGCUUACAUGAUCAAUGACGGCCGAACCGAAGACCCCAAACUGUUCACAGUCCCUUUCCAGAAACACGCUACUAGUUCAAUGUCGCUGAUCACCCCUACCGUGGCUCUCUUUACGGAAUACGGGGUAUUCCAGUCGUACGGAUUUGAUGCUGAAUAUCAAAAUCUGCAACAAGGCGGUAAUGACAAGCAUCUGCUUUUUCGGGACUUUAUUUGGGAUCUUUUCUGUGUUAGUGAUGAGGUUCCAAAAAAUAUAAAGGCAGUAAACGAUAAAGAGAUGAAGUCAAUUGAUGUUAUGUCGGCAGUUUUAUCAUAUAUGGAUGGUCACAUAAAAGCUAUGAUAGAAGAACGUUCCAUAGGCGUAUCCUUGAAGUAUGUUUUAACAGUGCCGACAUGUUCAUGUAACGAUUCCAAGGAUUUUAUGCUGGAAGCUGCAAAACAAGCUGGCUUUCCCCCUGAUAAAAUAACAAUAGUUGAGGAGGCUGCAGCCGCUCUCUACUUCUGCAUACAAAACCCAGUACUUUCAGGUCUCCCUAGACCAACAGGAAACCAAAACAAAUCAUAUGUGUUUGUAGAAUGCGAAGAUGACAAUACCAACAUUUCGGUUUUAAAGUGUCCCAGUGAGAAGAUAAUGAGUAUAAUAUAUAGAGACAGCGCGGAGAUUUGGGCAAGUUGUCAGGUUCAAAAAGACUUCGAGGAGUUAUUCGCUCUGAUUGUCAGUGAGUCGUUUUUAAAUUAUUUUCUUUACAAAUACCCGAUGGAUUACUAUGACAUCAUUCAGGAGCUUAAGAAGAAGAUCAAUAGCACUCAGUCAGAAUCCCAAAAAGUGACAAUGAAAAUGCCAGCUUGUCUAAUCGAAAAAUUUAAAAGAAAGACCGGAAAAAGCAUUGAAAAAGCUGUUCGGAAGACGGUCCUUAAAGACAACAUUGAAUUUAAAUUAGACAAAUGCAAGAUUUCAUCAGAAGUUUUCCAAAGUCUCUUUUCUGAUGCCGGAAAACACAUUGUUAAUUAUAUGGAGAAAGAAUUGUUAACAAAGUAUCCAGAUGUGGAACAUAUAAUUCUUGUAGGAGAGUUCGCACAAUCACCCAUUUUACAGAAUAUCGUAAAGGAAUCUUUUCCCUCCAAAACUAUUUUGAUUCCCCCAGAAGCAGGAAUGGCUGCAGUGAAAGGAGCUGUUCUUUUCGGACAAAAUCAUGUUUCUCUAGAAACCGUGCAAUGUCCACGAAGAAGCAGAACCCCAGGGCCGGAGGAUACUGGGCAACUGGAGGGAGUUGUUCAAAGUCCAAGAUCUUACAGAGUAGGAAAGAAUGAUGCUACAAACUUAUCAGCGACAAACGAGUCGUUUUCGGAUUUACACAGAGUCGUUCCUCCCUCUGAAAGAAGAAAUAGAAGUCGUUUAUGUGUCAUUCAAUGAUAAUAAAAUCAUGUGAAAUCCGGUAAAGAGAAAUACCCUUUGAAAGAUAAAGAGCAAAUUGAAAAAAGAAAGAAACAAAAACAUUCACUAUUCUUAUCUCCAAUUUCAUAGUAUAUAAGUUUUUAUUUUAUCAUUUAUUAUUUAGUCUAAAACAUACAUAAAAUGGCCCAAUUUAUCAAUUGAAUAUAAUAAAUAUAUAGA